AUGUCCGUCCUAGCCGAGUCUCGUCAACAAUCGCGCAUCCUCUUUGUCAAGAACUUGUCUUACCAAGUGACGGGAGCCGAUCUGUACGAGCUGUUCGGCCGAUAUGGAUCCAUUCGACAAGUGAGGACUGGAGAUGGACCAAAGACAAAGGGGACGGCUUAUGUUGUCUUUGAGGAGAUUGGAGAUGCCAAGAAGGCGCUGGAUCAUUUGAAUGGAUUUCAUUUGCAAGAGAGGUAUAUCGUAGUCUUGUAUCACAUGCCGGCGAGAGGCGCAGCGACGGCCAAGGCGGAUCUGGCAGCCAGAGAAGCUCAACUAGCCGAAUUGAAGCGCAAGCACGACAUUGCUGAUGCGGAAAAGUAG